AUGGCGCCUAAGAAAACCGUCAAGUCCAUGAAGCCCGAAAUGUCAAAGCCUAUAGAGCGGCCCAUAUCGAAAGUGAAAAAAUCGAAAAAGAAAAACUACAGAAGCUUCGGAAUUUAUCUGUACAAAGUUUUAAAAACAAUCAACCGCGAUUCGGGAAUUUCGACGCAAUCUAUGGUGAUUAUGAACAACUUCGUGAUGGACAUGUUUGAAAAUAUUGCGGCGGAGGCGGGAAGGUUGAUUUCACAUACAAAGAAGACAACUUUAAGCAGCAGGGAUCUGCAAUGCGCUGUGCAGCUGUUGGUGCCGGGGGAAUUGUGGAAACACGCGAACGCGCAAGGCAUGAAGGCGUUAAAAACAUAUCAUGACAGCCAGGCGCACAAGGACGAGUGAUUCCCGCGCUUUUUAUGUACAGAUUAUAUGAGACUGUGAAUGAAGAUUACAUAACGAAGAAUGACCGAUUCCCGCGCUUUUUACAUGUACAGAUUAUAUGUGAAUUAAUGCAGAUAUAUUACUGAUAAAUUAUUAUG